AUGGCUGCCCCGCUCACCCUCUCUACCAUCACUUCCGUCACCGACCUCCCCGCGCUCUAUGAAUCGCUCCACGCGCGCGCCUCCGACACCUCCUCGCUCUUCCUCUCCCUGACCCCGCUCCCGUCCCUCCUGGCCUCCCUGUCCGCCCUCUCCACGCGCGACCGCUCGCGCUCGCUCCCGCUGCACGGCGUCCCGUACGUCCUCAAGGACAACAUCGACCUCCCGCCGCACCCGACCACGGCCGCCUGCCCCUCCUUCGCCUACACCCCGUCCGAGCCGGCCUUCGCCGCCGCCCUGCUGCGCCGCGCCGGCGCCGUGUGCCUCGGCAAGGUCAACAUGGACCAGUUCGCGUCCGGCCUGGUCGGCACGCGCACGCCGCACGGCCCGCCCGUCAACCCGCGCGCCCCGGCACACAUCCCGGGCGGCUCGUCCUCCGGCUCCGCCGUCGCCGUCGCCUCCGCCCUGGCCGCCUUCGCGCUCGCCACCGACACGGCCGGCUCCGGCCGCGUGCCCGCCGCCAUGAACGCCAUCGUCGGCCUCAAGCCCACGCGCGGCCUCGUCUCUACGGCCGGCCUCGUCCCCGCCGCAAAGUCGCUCGACUGCGUCGCCGUCUUUGCGUCGUGCGUCGCGGACGCCGCCCACGUCCUCCGAGUGCUUGCCAAGUACGAUCCUGCAAACGUCUUCUCGAGACCCCCGCCGCCCGCCUUCUCGCUCGCCGCCGCCGACCACAUGCCGCAGGAGCACGCCUUCAGCUUCGGCUCCCUGGCAAAGCCCGACCUCACGUUCGACGGCGAUGCGGCGUCCGAGCAUAGCUAUCACGCCGCCGUCAGUGUCGUGCGCCGCAUCCACGGCCAACAGGUCACGGUUGACUUCGCCCCGUUUCGGGACGCCGCUGCACUGCUGUACGGCGGCCCGUUUGUGGCGGAGCGCUUCGCGGCCGUCGGCCGCUUUAUUAAGGACAAUCGGGAGAAGAAGCCGGAAGACUUCGACCCGGUCGUCACCGAUAUUGUGCUCAAGAGUGAGCACAUUCCGGCAUGGACGCUCUUCGAUGGUCAGGAGCGCAUCAAGGAGCUUGUGAAACUCGCCGACGAGGAGACUUGGAAGAACAUCGACAUUCUUGUCCUGCCCACCAUUCCCAGGCCUGUCACCGUGCAGGAGGUGAGGGAUGACCCUGUGAAAGUCAAUUCCAUGCUGGGGACUUACACAAACUUUGUCAACUUGAUGGACUACUGCGCAAUCGCAGUCCCGGCGCCGACAAUUGAGGGCUCGAGUGUGCCGAGGGGUGUGACGUUUGUUGCCAAGGCGUUUGAGGAGAGCAAAAUCUUGGCCUUAGCAGAAACAUAUCAGAAGGCUCUGUUUAUAAAGCAACCAAAGUAGUCUGCG